CAGAAUAGCUCUCGGUUUUCCAGCAGAGCGAGCAAGCGAACGAGCGAGAGUCAGACACUUCUUAGUGUGAAGUUCUCAGAAGACUCAAAAGCAGCGGAAGAAGCAGCGGAGAAAAGGCACCACCGGCGACAGCCAAAGGCUUAGCAACUUGCUGAGAAGGACCUCGGAGGCUUGGGCACUAAGGACACCAGGCAGAGGAUCAGAGGCCGAAGAAAACUUUUUUUGACCUGGACUUUGGCUGUAGCAAAACAGGACUCGGGCAGCAAUACUUUUCUGGGGUGAUUUCUGAUUUGGUUGUAUUUGUCUUUGCGGGGGAAGCAGGUAGCCCACCUCCAGACAGGGUAGCUGCAACAUUUUGAGAGAGUCACUUGAAAGGGUGAAAGUGCAGUUAGUCCUUAGCUGAGCAGCUAGGAAACAUGCAGUUGGAUAACAUCAACCACGGGAACAUCCACUCUUUCCAGGGCCACCGCGGAGUGGCCAACAACAAGCCUAAUGUCAUCCUUCAGAUAGGGAAGUGUAGGGCAGAGAUGUUAGACCACGUCAGGAGAACCCACCGGCACCUCCUGACCGAGGUGUCAAAACAGGUCGAGCGGGAGCUGAAAGGCCUGCAGAAAUCGGUGGGGAAACUUGAGAACAACCUUGAGGAUCAUGUCCCUUCGGCCGCUGAGAACCAGAGGUGGAAAAAAUCCAUCAAGGCCUGCCUGGCUAGAUGUCAGGAGACCAUUGCUCACUUGGAGAGGUGGGUCAAGAGAGAGAUGAAUGUCUGGAAGGAAGUGUUUUUCCGCCUGGAGAAAUGGGCUGACCGGCUUGAGUCUGGCGGGGGAAAGUACUACCAUGGGGAUCAUCACAGGCAAACUGUCUCUGUAGGGGUAGGAGGCCCAGAGAUCAGGCCUAACGAAGGGGAGAUCUAUGAUUAUGCACUAGACAUGAGCCAGAUGUAUGCCUUGACACCUCCUCCUUUAGGGGAUGUCCCUGUUGUGCCUCAGUCCCAUGACUCCUAUCAGUGGGUCACUGUCCCAGAAGAUGUCCCACCUUCCCCAGUGGAGACCCAGAUUUUUGAGGACCCCAGGGAGUUCCUGACUCACUUGGAGGAUUAUUUGAAGCAGGUGGGUGGGACUGAGGAGUACUGGCUCUCCCAGAUCCAAAACCACAUGAACGGGCCUGCCAAAAAAUGGUGGGAAUACAAGCAGGACUCUGUCAAGAAUUGGCUGGAGUUCAAGAAAGAGUUCCUUCAGUACAGUGAGGGCACCCUGACGAGGGAUGCCAUCAAGAGAGAGCUGGAUCUCCCUCAGAAGGAUGGGGAGCCCCUAGACCAGUUCCUCUGGCGCAAAAGGGACUUGUACCAGACCCUCUAUGUUGAUGCUGAGGAGGAUGAGGUCAUUGAAUAUGUGGUAGGGACCCUACAGCCCAAACUCAAGCGCUUCCUUAGCCACCCCUACCCCAAAACUUUAGAACAGUUGAUUCAGAGAGGCAAGGAAGUUGAGGUCACCUUUGACAAUUCGGAGGAGCCCAGUCCCCAGAGAACCCCCGAGCACCAGCUUAGAGACUCACUGGAAAGCUUGCCCCCCUCCACCACUGCCAGCCCUGCUGCUAGUGAGGGGACCCAACCAGAAGUUUCUGCCACGCCAGCCACAGUGAUAUGAACUGUAGAGCGACACAGGCAUGACCUAGAAGGGAGUCGGUGGCUUAUUUAGAUAGGUGGUUUCCUUUCAGCAGAAGACUUCAGCCAUGGUGGGUCUGCACCAUGGUGGUCGGCCAUGGUGGGUGCACUCAGCCCAAUGGCAAAUAGGAGGAGAAUUACUUUUCCUUAGGGGCAGACCAUUGGUGGAGUGCAGCUAGCCUGAAUCACCUCAGGUGGUUCACGCUGCAGAACAGAUGGCUCUUUUGAGGAUUUCUUUUUUUAAAAGCCAUUGCAAGGAUUGGACUAUGUCAGAAAGGCAAACCAGCCUCUUUGUUAUGCCAGAGGUGGCCACAUCUCCUUGGGCAUAGCUUCCCAGGGAAUUCCAACGGGCACAAAAGAAGGAUUUCCUUCCCACUUACACUAGUCCUUUCCUUCAAGGUGCUUUUCCUUCCAGGCAUUUCCCCCUCCUUCUGGGAACCUUUGCUUACCUCGGUGUUAAUAACCUUUCACUUACUCUCUAGAAAGCUGUUGGUUUUCCACUUUAAACCUCUUUCUCCCCCUCCUUCCAACUUUUUCAUCUGAACUCCAAACAGAUUGGGAAGGGAACUUUUAUCAGGUUUCAGGAAGACCUGCAGAACUUCAGCAAGAGUUUCAGCCAUAAAAUCAACCCACCUCCUGCUCUUACCCAGCCCUCAUUUUUCUCCCCAAGUGGGCCUCUGGAUUCUCUUUGGCUUUGAUCUGAGUAUCAAGGUCUUUCAGUUCCAGAAAAGCCACCACCUACCCACCCAUUUAAUGGUGGACUACAGCUAGAAGCUUGAUGCUUGACUCCUCUACAUUCUAGACCUUGGGAAGAGAGGGGCUUGCAAGGGUUGGGUGUGCCCUUCUCUCAGCAGGAUGCUAAGGCGUGUGAAACAAAAGAAGCGACAUCAGAUGUCAAAAAGGGAAAGAUCAGCUAGCGCUCUAAAAGUAUACAGGGCUUAGAUUCCUAGACUAUUUUAAGGAAAACAAAUAGUUGCAUACAAAUACAACUUGAAUUAAGAAGUCAAGCCACCCUAAUCUCUGUACCAGGAAGACAGAGAUGCUGCAUCCAUUGAACGUCUUCUAGAUUGUGCCGCUUGAAAGACAGACUGGGCAUUUUGCUGAUGGAGUGAGCUCCCAAGGGCACGAUCUCCUUGACACUGAGGUCUAGGUAGCUCAGCCAUAUGGAAUGUUGAUGACUUCUUCCCCUAAACCAGCUGGAUUUUUAUAAAGAAGUGCUGGAAGAAAGCUCAGGUCAUGCUGCUUUUCCCAGUGCUGAGAAACAAAAGACCAGCAACUUUGAGAAACUUUAGUAGUUUGAGAGAGAGAGAACUGAAGCAUAAAGUUCAUGCUGCAGAAAGUUGCGCCCUCUACAGUUGUGGAACUGCAGGAAGAAAUGGGCUGCGUCCUUUCAGAAUGGCUUACUAGUCAUUGUCCGUAUGACUAGGAGUAUUUUCACACCAACAGUGUGAAAAAGAAUACAAGAAAAGAAGGGAGAACUUGCACAAAGACCUGUUCCUGAUUCCAUUGCUGCAAGAGAAGCACAGAAGAGCAAGCAAUCGCUCAAAUGAUUCUGUGUGCCUUUGGGGUGUGACUCCUUCCUACAGGCUACAGUGACUCAUUCCAAAGCAGCUGGGAGCAAAGCAUUCCUGAACGGCAUGCGGACCAGAGGCGAAAGCAGAGAGGCGGUUCAGAAAGUCCCAGCAUGCAACAGAGCUGGAUGGACGUCAGAAUCCAAACGCUUCUGCAUGGGGAGAUUGCUUGGAGAAGGAAAUUAUUUUCCUUCUGAAGAUACAGAGGCAGCUUCUUGAUUGCUUGAGUCAUCACUCCCAUGCUCGGAAGAAGCAAUGCCUGGGAAUGUGCAGCUCAGAAAGAUCCACAUCUGAAAGAACAUGGCAGUGGUGCCCACAUGCCAAGAUGGCUACAGGGAAGGGAAAGAGAAAAGACUAUGCUGGGUGCAACCAGCAGGAAAAAAAAGGAAGUGACAUUUAAGAGACUACCAACUAUGGAAACAGCAAAGUGACAACUAUAGCAAUAUGAUCUCUAGGGUUGGGGGCAUCAGGGACAGCUGAUGUUCUGCAGAACUUGACCGCGGACCUUUUCUAGAGAAGGGGCCAUUGUAACUGGGGAUGACAGUGAGGAUUUGGGAGGGGGAGAAUUAAGCUAAAAAUUCCUUUCCUGUUCAGUUUAUGUAAGAGAUCAGUCCAAAAUGUCCUGAGAACCCUACUGGCCACAGAGAACUCUACCAUCCAUGGAGUUUUGGCAGUCAAAGCUGAAGACUUCUGAACACCUUUAUGCUCAGAAAAACAUCUGGGAAUCAAAGAUGUUUGGCUGGACAAUAUAGAUGGUUGCAGUAGCCUCAGGACAGUUGACAGUCAAGUGCGGGAUGAAUGGGGCAUGGCCAACAUCUCACAUUGGCCAGAGGAACCUCAAGAAGUACAUUUCUUUUCCUUAUUUGAUGCUCCCAUUUUCUUUCUUGAGCAAACUAGGGAAGGAGAGACACAUACACCAUAGUAUGCAAUGCGCAUUUACCAAAACUUUUUUUGAUGUUCAAAGAAGUUUCACUUCAAAUUCCACCUGUCAAACAGGUUGGAGAUUGGAGAUGGUUUUGGAUUUGGUUUUCAUUUCAUCCAGAACUACUUAGCCUACUGCUCUCAUGUAGGUGUGACUAUAUAUGAAUGUAUGCCAGGCCAGCGUGCCAAAUCAUCCCAUAUAGCUAUAUUCUGGUAUGUUUGGUCCUUUUUCCAGCUCAGAGCUGAGGAGACCCUUUCAGUCAUCUCAAGAAGACUAUUUGGGGACAGGACUAUUGAAUUUGUAAUUUUAAAAAAAUGAAUACUACUUAUAUGUGUUGUAGGAAAUGGUGGACUUCCAGAGAGCUCUAAAUAUCCAGGAUGGCAUUUUUUUCCAUCGCUUUCCGCUCGCCCCUAACUUUGCUGACAUUAAUUGAGAUGGCAACUAUGUGACAUCACAGUUCUGGGGGUAUUUGGAGCACUGGCCAAUCAGAUUGCUGGCUUUUCACUACAUCAAUUGCUUCUAACCCAUGGGAGCUUUAUCUAUAUUACCCCUUGUUUAUGCAUCAACAAGUUCUCAUUGAGAGAUUUGAUGGUGCUUCUCUCCCAAGGGAGAAUCAGGUGCAAGGGUAUGUGUGUGGUGUAUCUGUGAAACCAACAAAAAUCAUCUGUUGUCUGAUAUUUUAGUCUAACAAAGCUGUUUUCUACUUCUGAUUUUAUUUUUACUAUUGUGGGUUUAUCUGUUUACUGCAAAUUGUACAGAAGGUGGACCUACUGAUGCGUUAUGAAUUGUUGUAUUGAUAAAUGGACUGGGGAACUCAAGGUUUUUUCUCUGCUCAAACCACUUGAGCCUAUAUUGAUUGUAUGAGGCCCCUUGUUCCUCAUUCACACUGGGGGUGAAUCAUAAGAGGCUGCGUCUGCCCCUUUUGACAGAAAAAAGCAGCAUUCCCCAGCUGCAAAGCAAUUGUAGCAAAGUCUGUUUGUAGCAAGAACACUUUUCCUUUUGUAGAUUUCUAUAAUAAAACAU